AAUCAAGGAAAGAAUAGUUAGAGAGGCAAAGGAAAGCAAAGGGCAGUUAGUUUUCGUAGUACUAGCUAGCAUAGUAGAGGACGUUGCUAAGCCAUAGAGAUGCUCAUUUUGUGCAGAUCUGAGCCGUUCGAUGGGGUUGGCGUAGGAUUCUCAGUUGAGUACACGUACUACUAUCUAUGCCCUUUACCUCUUUUUAAUCUUUGCUUCCUUGCAUGGAUUUCUCCUCCAAAUAUAGUUAACAUUGAGAAAGUAAGAUGAGAGAGAAGUAUAGAGAGAGAGAGAGAGAGCGAACGAGCCGCUAUCACUUUUAAUUCUUUUUUUUCACCUUUGGCCUUUGCUCAUUGCCAUCAUUAGCAACAAAGGCAACAAACCCAUCUCUUCAAAUUUUGAUUUUUCUUCAUACUCUCAACUACCAAGUGCUACAAGUGUGUGUGUGUGUGUGUGAGAGAGUCACUCAACACAUUCACUAACUCUCUUCCUUUGCUUCCUCUGUACAUCAGAUCUUGUUCUUUCCCCAAAACCAAUGAAAUCUCAGAUGGGCUUUCUUUCAGUCACUUCCUUCUCAAUUAAAACUUGAGUUUCUCAUCAGAUUUCAGCUUCCAAUCCACUUUCCUGAUCUGGGUCUUCCUCCAAUUGUCAUAGUUUCACCUGCUCCUCUGUUUCAUUAGCAUUUUGGAAUGGUACACUCUACUGAGAUCAAAAUUUCCGCCUUCGUUCCAAUCAGAUAGUUAUGUUAGGCUAAAUUCCAUUUUUCCGUUGAAUUUUCUCUCAAUUUCAGCUUUCAAUCCAAUUUCUGAUCUGGGUCUAUCAUUAUUUUUCCUCUUCUGUUCCAUUAGCAUUUUGGACUGGAAUUUUAACUAACUUUCCAAAUUCUGUGUUCAGAUUUGAAUUUUCUUGGGCCAAUUCUAAACUGUCAAACAUUGUAAAAUUGUGUUCUUUUGAUCAAAUGGAAGAAGGUCAACAGAUGAUCAAGCAUGUGUGCAAAUUAUGUGACAAAAGCUUCCCAUGUGGAAGAUCACUGGGAGGUCACAUGAGGUCUCAUGUGAUAAACUCAUCGCCAGCUGAUCAAAAUGAUGAAAAGAAGCUCACAAAAAAGAAUCUCUCAAAUCCCAAAAAUGGCCUGGUGGAAAGAAAUGAAGACGAUGGUUAUGUCCUUAGAGAGAAUCCAAAGAAGACUUGUAGAUUUGCUGAUCCAAAUUUUGAAGAUUCUUUUCUUCAUGAGAAGUUUUGUAAGCAAUGUGGGAAGGGAUUUCACUCAUGGAAAGCCUUGUUUGGUCACAUGAAAUGCCACUCGGAGAAAUUCUCAAACAGUCUGGAGGCGGAUUCUUGGACUAGUGCUAAUCAAUCCGAGACCGAAACCGCGGCGGUGGUGGCUCCGAAUCGGAAGAAGAGGUCAAGGAGGGUGACAAGGUACAUAUCCACCACCACCACCACAAAUUCUUCCUUCUCUGUGGCUAACAAUAAUAACACCAACAAUGGUUCUUCCUCUGCUUCUGAGAUUGAUCAUCAAGAGCAAGAGGAAGUUGCUUUGUGUUUGAUAAUGCUUUCUAGGGAUGUGGGUAAUAAGAAUAGUUGCUUCAAUUCUGUUGAUGAGUCUUCUGAUAACAAUUUUGAGCUACUAGAAGCUGGAUCGUCGAUUCGAAGUAAACGGGUUACUAAAAAUGAGGGGAAGAAUUCUUGGUCUAGUGGAGGUGAGGCCGUGAAAAAGUUUAGGAAGCUAAGGAAUGGGAAGUUAGAGUCUACUACUAUAGAUUCUAAUUCCAAUUCACAGUUUGAGAUGAAACAAACAGAAUAUGGUGCUUCUGGGUUUUCAAGAAAUGGGUCUAAAGAAUCAAAACUGAGCAAGUCUGAUUUUCAAAGUCAUGGGUUUCUUGGAAAUGAUAAGCUAAAGAAGUCUAAAGUGGAAGAUGGAGGUAGAUUUGAGGUAUGUGAAGUUGAACUGGGUAAGGACUUGGUGAAGAAGAAUGGAUGGUUGGAUCAAGCUGAAUUCAGUUCCAAGAAGCCUGUUCUGGAUCGUAAGAAGCUUAGAAAUGGGAAAUUGAGCAAGUCUGGUUCUCAAAAUCAUGGUUUUCUUGGAAAUGACAAGUGGAAGAAGUCAAAAGUGGAUGAUGAAAGUAGAUUUGAGGCAUCUGAAGUUGAAUUGAGCAAGAAUUUGAUGAGAGAAAGUGGGAUAGAAGAUCAACCUGAAUUCAGUUCCCAGAAGCAUAAUCUGAAUCCUAAGAAGCCAAGAAAUGGGAAGUUAGAGUCAACCAUUUUGGAAUCCAGUUCUCAGUUUGAUAGUGCUUCUGAGUUUUCAAGGAAUGAGUCCACACCAAACAAGUCAGGUUUUCGCGGUGAUGGGGUUCUCGGAGAUCUCAAGUCCAAGAAGCCUAAAUUGGAUGAUGAUAGCACAUUCGGGCCAUCUGAACUCGAACUGGGCAAGGAUCCGAUAAGCGAAAAUGGAGGGCUAGAUCGAGCUGAAUUCAGUUCAAAAAAGCAUAAUCUGAAUAAGAAAAGGUGUAUAGAUUUGAUGAAUAAUCCCGAAUUGGGCUCUGAGAGUAGGAGCAAAUUUGAGUGUACUACUUGUAACAAAGCCUUCCACUCAUACCAAGCUCUUGGGGGGCAUAGAGCUAGUCACAAGAAGACCAAAGGCUGCUGCUUUUCUUCAAAAAUCGAUGGAAGCGAAAACAGCAUUGAGACUGAGAACAUUUCCCUCAUAAAAAAUGAGGAGCUCAUUGAGCAACAAGAGGCAAAAAACAGUUGUGGUGUUGUGUCCAAGAAUAAGGACAAGAAGGGGGCACAUGAGUGCCCAAUUUGCUUCAGAGUUUUCUCAUCAGGCCAAGCUUUGGGUGGUCACAAGAGGUCACACUUAAUCGCUGAGGCCAAAAGCAGCAACCAAACUGUGGUGAUUCAGAAGCCGAUUCCAGAAAUAAGGGAUCUUCUUGAUCUGAAUUUGCCUGCUCCUGUUGAAGAAGAGAGCAGUGGGAAUGUGGGCUUCAAACCAUGGUGGGUUGGAACCAACCCGAAGCCCGAGCCGCUCCUUGGUUUUCUGUCUAACUGAUCAUAGUCAUAGCUAGGCAGGGGGAUUCUCCAUCACCAAAUAUUCGUGUCUUUGCAACUAAUACACUCUUAGCCGCAAGAUGGGAUAAAAACGGAUACGGCAUUGAGACGGAGGGCAAGGACUUCCCAGUCCUAGCCUUUGUUUCCAUCGAACAUUCAAGAGUGUACAGAUUUGUUAAUUCUUUACAUAAUUGGUAUUCGCCAAGGUAACAAUCUCAUUUUCAUCUUCACCGCCUUCUUUUUUUGUGAUACUUUUCUGUUACAUGUUGUUAAGAGAAUAAUCUCAAAUUGUGUCAAACUUUAGCUGAUCAUCAAUAUGUUUUUUGUUCUUGCAA